UUUUUUCUUCGGAGGGGUGAUCAUUCAGUAAGAAAUCGAGCCGUAUAUACCCUCUGGAUCAAACACUGUCUAAAUGUUAUCUUCUGUGUCUUUUAGGUAAACGUAAUGCAUCCCUGGUUCUCUCAGAAGAGAGAGCUGCACGGUUUCGCGAUCUGAAUGCGCUGAAAGGCGGUUUAACCCUUCUUCACGACUACGGAAUUCUUUCUCUCUGUAGUCGGUGUUCGUCGGCCUACAGCCACCUUUCUUGACGCUGACAGCAUUCGAACCCCCGGGCUGCUUGUGGGAUUCGGACCAAGUCAGAAAAAUGGGAGCAUUUUUGGACAAACCAAAGAUGGAAAAAUAUAAUGCUCAUGGUGAGGGGAAUGACCUAAGUUAUGGCCUUAGCAGCAUGCAGGGCUGGAGAGUGGAGAUGGAAGAUGCCCACACAGCGGUGAUUGGUCUGCCGAAUGGCCUUGACCCUUGGUCUUUUUUUGCAGUGUAUGAUGGGCAUGCUGGGUCUCAAGUUGCCAGAUACUGCUGUGAGCAUUUGCUAGAACACAUCACAAACAAUCCAGAUUUUAAGGGGGCCAGUCCAGAACCUUCAGUAGAAAAUGUAAAGUGUGGAAUCCGAACUGGCUUUCUGCAGAUAGAUGAGCACAUGAGAGCUAUCUCUGAAAAAAAGCAUGGAGUAGACAGAAGUGGUUCGACAGCUGUGGGAGUCAUGAUAUCUCCUCAACAUAUCUACUUUAUUAACUGUGGGGACUCCAGAGGUUUGCUUAGCCGAAAUGGGAAGGUCUACUUCUUUACUCAAGAUCAUAAACCUAGUAACCCACUUGAGAAGGAACGCAUCCAAAAUGCAGGUGGUUCAGUAAUGAUUCAGCGUGUAAAUGGUUCACUGGCAGUGUCUAGAGCCCUGGGGGAUUUUGAUUACAAAUGUGUACAUGGGAAAGGGCCAACAGAGCAGCUUGUUUCACCUGAACCAGAAGUCUUUGAAAUUGAAAGAUCUGAAGCUGAAGAUCAGUUUAUAAUUCUGGCGUGUGAUGGAAUUUGGGAUGUUAUGGCCAAUGAUGAGCUAUGUGACUUUGUAAGAUCCAGACUUGAAGUUACAGAUGACCUUGAGAAAGUUUGCAAUGAGAUUGUUGAUACCUGCUUAUAUAAGGGCAGCCGAGACAAUAUGAGUGUUGUGCUGAUUUGCUUUCCAGGUGCACCAAAAGUUACACCCGAAGCUGUGAAGAGAGAGGCAGAGUUGGAUAAGUACCUGGAGAACAGAGUAGAAGAGAUUAUUAAGAAGCAGUGUGACGAAGGAGGGCCAGACUUAGUCUACGUGAUGCGUACUUUAGCAACGGAGAGCAUCCCCAAUCUCCCACCUGGGGGGGAACUGGCAAGCAAACGAAGUGUCAUUGAAGCAGUUUAUAACAGACUGAAUCCUUACAGAAGCGAUGACACUGAUUCUGCAUCGACUGACGACAUGUGGUAAAACUGCCGGGUUCUCAGAAUUAUUGGGCAACUACAAUCCAAGAAUACCAUCAGUCUUUCUCUACUGUCAAUUCUCACAGCUUUUCUUAUUAAGAAGGGAAAUAUGCACUUGUGGAGGACGAUACACACAAACAUCUACAGCAUCAUUCUGCCCACGAUCUCAACAUCUCAACAAUAUCUCUACCAUCCUUUUUCCCCUGUUGCCCCAAAUCUAAAAAUUGAAAUUGUUUAAAAACAGAUUGUAAUUGUUAUGGUAAUAGGAUUCCAGAUUUUUUAUGAUGUUUUUUUUUUUUUUCCUUUUCUAUUUGUAAAAGUGCAAUUGUCCUUGUACAAAAUGCCUGUGUUCAAAGAAGCUUAAGUUGGUUUAAGAUAAAACUGUAAACACACUCUGCCUUUUUUCUGGUCUUCUGGGAUGCAACACAUGUUUGUAUAGUGCAUAUUAUUAUAAGUAUUUCAUUUUUUUUUUUUUUUUUUUUAGAAAAAAACGGGUAAAAUUUAUGUAUAAGCAUGUGAGAGCUUAUUAAUCAAAUUUAGGUUAAUGACUACGUUGUGCACUUUUUAACUUAAUUUCUGCAAAUACUUGUCAGAUAAUCCCAAUGCUAAAAAGGCUUUUUGUUAAUGGUAAAUAUUUAUUGUUCUGUCUUCCCCCUUUUAAAAGCCUAGUGUCUAAAUGGAUAUGAAAGGCUUAUGAACAUGCCACUGCUUACUUGUUGCAUUUUUAUUAUGAAGGAAGACUAUUGGCUUCAGCUUAAUCGACACUAGGAGCUCAAAGCUUGCAUUUUUACUUUUUCCUUUACAGAAUAAGAGUGUGAGAAAGAGAGAGACAGACAGAGGGAUAAGUCAACAUUUUGUGUUUCUGGGCACUCUACAUCGUUGCUAUAUUUUUUUAUGUUGUCAGAGUGACACUAACUAUUUAUUAAAUUGUGUUUUUU